UCCAUCUACAUCGCCUCCAUGUCUACUUUCUACUCAUCAAAGGUUGGCUUCAUUGCCAUCCUCGCCAUCUUCCUUUCCUUCUGCAUCUUAUCGGAAACCACCAGUGCAGCCUAUGUCAGUUUCGCAAACCAAUGCUUGGCUCCGCAUAAUGCCGCACGUAAAGCAGUUGGCGCCAAACCGUUGGUAUGGGAUACACGUCUAGAACGUUAUGCUAAAGCAUACGCAAACUUAAGGCGUUAUGAUUGUGCCUUGAUUCACUCUAGCGGUCCUUAUGGUGAGAAUCUCUUCUGGGGAGGUGGAUGGGGUUGGACUCCAGCUCAAGCUGUCAAGAUGUGGGUUGCAGAAAAACGUUGGUUUAAUCCGUAUAGCAAUAGUUGCAACGGGGAGCAAUGUGGGCAUUAUACACAGGUCGUAUGGCGUGAUACAAGAAGGAUAGGGUGUGCUAAGGUGGAUUGUUUCGGUGGUAGGGGUGUUUUCAUAACAUGCAACUAUGAUCCUGCUGGGAAUUACAUGGGUGAGAGACCUUAUUGAUCAUAGUAAGGUUUGAUGGAUUAUGAGGGACUAUGCAAAUUUAUAGUCCUCACUUGUGGUUUAAAGGUUUUUGGAUUUUGAGUGAUGUUCUGAGUUUUAAACUUGUUUUCAAUUUGGUUUCUUUCCUUCAAUGACAUAGAAUGUGUCUUUGGAUUGAUGUAUCAUCUUCCACUACUUAUCUGUCCUUCUGUAUUCAUGUUUUUUCAGGAACUUUAUUUGCUGAAGUUCGAAAUUAUAUAAAUUCUAUUAUGAUUUAGUACA